AUGGAACCAUCAGGUAAAGAUAAAAUAAAAACCACAAGUAAAGGUGACAAAAAAGCCGAAAGAAAGGCUAAACUUGAAAAAUUGGUAGCUGAGGCAAAUUUGAAGGCCACACUUAAAGAAAAAAAAAAUUUGGAUGACAAAUCUAAUAAAAAGUCAGACAAGAAAAAAUCGAAAUCGCCUCAUAAAACCGCAGACGUCCGGACGGAUAGUAAACCGCCUAAAAAAAUCGAGGAGAAAAAACGAAAAUGGGUUGACGAAGACGAGGAUUACCUUCCACCCGCGACCGAGAUAACUAGAGCUAAAAAUAGAAAAAAUAAAAUUAUUAGUUCUAGCGAUUCCAGCAGCAGCAGCGAUUCCAACGCGGCCGAAAAGCAAAGUAAGAGAAACAAGGUAAAUGGAUUACGCGAAGAAAGGAGCAAUAAGAAAGAAAAGAAGGAGAAAGAUCAGGACGAGAGGGAAACGAAGGUUCGAAAAAAAGAGGAUAAAGGUUAUAACAAUGGUCUUGGCAAGAAAAACAUCAAAGAUUCAAAAAGCAAAAUAGAAAAUUCUUCCACGAAAAAACAAUCGAAGAGAAAGCAGAUUCUGAGUUCGGACGAGGAUAGUGACAGCAGCUUGACUGACGUGAGUAGCACCACUGAAAAUAGCGACAGUGAAGAAGAACCUGAAGGAAUACCACAGAACUUGGUACCUAUUGUUGUCAUAGAUAACAAUGAACGAUACAACGAACAAUCAGAAGUCACCAAAUUUCUUGAGUGUAACUCUAUUCAAAUCAUCGGGAAUCAGGACUUUAAACCAAUCACAUCGUUUUCAGAAUUAUCCGUAGACAAGGAUAUCAAGCGUGUCUUGUCAAAAUUCGAGAAACCGACACCAAUUCAAGCAACCUGUUGGCCAAUUAGUUUGAGUGGAAAAGAUGUGAUCGGUAUUGCCGAGACCGGUUCGGGAAAAACUUUAGCUUUCGUCGUUCCAGCUAUUGUGCAUAUCAAAAGCAUAAAUAGUGAGACCUAUCCUAGUAAUAAACCAAGUGUUCUUGUUGUUUCACCAACGCGUGAAUUGGCUAUGCAAAUACAAGAACAAUGUUCUUUAUUUGAUGUCACAUGCGGAAUUAAGAGCGCGUGCAUUUAUGGUGGAGUGUCCAAGGAGGAUCAACGUAAAUCAUUGCGUAAAGGUGUCCAUAUAGUUGUGGCUACUCCCGGCAGGUUACUCGACCUUGUUAACGAAAACAUUUGUGAUAUUAGCAAAGUUUCUUAUCUUGUUCUAGAUGAAGCUGACCGUAUGCUUGACAAAGGUUUUGAGGAUGACAUACGUAAAAUCAUACGCAAGACACGCAAGGAUCGUCAAACGGCUAUGUUCUCCGCAACUUGGCCGGAAUCGAUUCGUAAACUAGCAAACGAUUAUUUGAAUCGUCCCGUCAGAAUUACUAUCGGUUCAAAAGAGCUAUCUGCCAAUAAUAAUGUAACCCAGAUAGUUGAAGUGGUCGAAGACAAGGACAGAGACAAGCUGCUCGUCUCCCUUUUAGAAAAAUAUCAUAAUCGAAGGAAUCGAGUGUUGGUGUUUGUUCUUUACAAGAAAGAGGCUUCUCGUGUCGAAAACAUGCUAGCAAGCAAAGGAUACGAGGCGCUCUCUAUUCAUGGUGACAAAAGUCAGUUUCAACGUUCAGAAGCUUUAAAGGCUUUCAAAGAUGGAAUCUAUCCACUUCUGAUUGCCACAGAUGUUGCGGCUAGAGGACUGGAUAUUCCUGAUGUGGAAUAUGUAAUCAACUAUUCAUUCCCUUUGACCAUAGAAGAUUAUGUACAUCGUAUUGGUAGGACUGGACGUGCUGGAAACAAGGGGGUUUCACAUACAUUCUUCACUUCGCACGAUAGAAUUCACUCGGGUGAACUUAUCAAUGUCUUACGUCAGGCUAACCAAAAUGUGCCUGAUUCAUUACUUAAAUUUGGAGGUGGUGUUAAAAAGAAAGAACAUAAAGUUUAUGGAGCUUUCUACAGGGAAAUCGAUCCUAACUUAAAACCUAAAAAGAUCAAAUUUGAAGAUUAA